AUGUACACCAAGUAUAACAUAAAGAAAAUAAACACUCUAACUGUCACACUGGGUGAAAAUUCAUUUGUGCGAAAGUUUGCCGUUUGUUGUUUGUUAUUCGAUGAAACAACCCGUGACGUUUUAAAAGAAUCAUACAUAAAAUGGCCAAAAAAAUAA